AACUCCUUCGCACAAUACACAAUAACUUCACGCUAUGAACGUGGACUCCUUGCAAUUCCCUUGAUCCCCGUCGCUCCAUCCUAGAACUGAGCAUCUAAUAUUCCCUGAACGUGCCGUCCGCUGCGUGUCGAGGCCCACCAUGUCUUCCUCCGACGACCUCGACCCAACCCACUUCAUGGAGCGCAUCCGCAAACUCGACGAGCAGCGCAACUCGGAAGAAUCCGAAAGAGCUAGAAAGUUGGAGGAAGAGAUUCUGCAGGGCCGCAGCGAGCGUGCUGCCAGGAGAGCUGAGCGUCACAGGUCCAUCUCGCCCGAAAAAGCUUUAACACCCCAAUCCCUUCGCUCAUCCAGGAACACUCCCAGUACUCCGUCGGAGAGCACGCCUCCCGUUACAAUGCCGAGCUCCAAUUUAGAUCUUGAUUCUUCAGCUCCCCACUUCAGCACUCCAGACGUACAAUCAGAAUCUGCGGCCCCAGAGCCCGACCGCACGCGACGCGCUCCAGCACCAAUCCAGACUGCUAGUCAAGAGUCAAAUGAACAACCAGAACCCUCCAAGCCAUCAGCAGGCCCAGGACUCGCCCGCUCUGGGACACUUUCAUGGCAGCAGAGGCCUAAAUCAAGAGGUUCGGUGCGAUCGAGGCCGCUCUCAAUGGUAGCUGCAGAAAAUAUCGCCGCAAAAUCUCCACGUGGAACACCUGAACCACAAGCAGACGAUGAGCAAACAAUGUCACGAAGUCAGAUAGCACAGUCACUAGGUGCGAAAGAUCCUACUUGGUUUAGGCAGACGGCAGACAGAGGAGUGGGCUCGGCAGCGUAUAGAAAGAGUCAAGUAGAGGUUGAAACGCCAGACACUGAUCGAUGGGGUCAGCACAGCUCAGGUUCGCAUGGUCGUACGCCUGCAUCACCAGGGCAUGGCAGCGCAAGACGACAAUUGCCAGGGCUGUCGAUAGAGUCUACCCCAGAGCCCGAAGGUCCUUCGAGUCCGCCUCCAGACGGCUUCCGGUCAAGCUCACCGUCUCAUGUUGGCUCGGUGCGUGCUAGCACUGCCUGGAGUAAUCGGAUGUCAAGCACAACCUCGGUGUCUACUGUCAGUGCAGCUGAAGGAAAGAGCGUCUUGCCAAAUUUGGAGUCCCAAAGGUUUAGCCCUCCCUCAGAACGGAGUCCAGAAGGAAGUGUCGAGAGGCCACAUAGUGUCGCGAUGUCGCCAUCCCAAGGAAGAAUUUCUCCCGAGCGCAUUCCUAGGGACCGCACCCCAUCCCCGACAAAAGGCAUGGGCGGCUUUGUACAGAGCGCGAUGCUACGGAGGACUGACAGCCAAAGCAAAAGAUGGAGUGCGCAGCCAGGUGCUGGCUUGAGCAGGCAAAGCUCAACUGCGAGCAACAGCAGUAGGCCCGUGAGCUUUUCGCAGGCGGCUUUCGCGCAAGCCUUCGAAGCGCGACCAAGCAGUCUGAGCCGGGGUAACUCUCUGGAACCGAAUUCAAGACCAGGCUCAAGCCAUAGCAAUAUGACCGUCACGCAGGACAACUCGGCAUCAAUCAGCCAGGGUAAGACUGAUGUGGAAGGGUUCAGGAAGCCUGCGCUCCCCCACCACAGCCGAGGAAGGUCAGUGACUUCAAGAGCUGAUAUGGACGAUGCGAGAAGCGAUGCCGGUGAACCGCAAAGCCCUUCGAAGCGCUGGAGUCCUACGAAGUCUUCGUGGCUUGAAAGUGCGCUGAACAAACCUGCAGAGCAGCCGAAACCGAAACAAUCUGCUGUGCCCUCCACGCCAAGCUGGAUGGCCGACCUGAAGGCAAAACAACAACGAGGAAGUGUCGACGUUUCCAAGUCAGCAACAUCUCCACCGCCAUCCAGUCCGACAUCCAGUAGUGUCAAGUCACCUUCAGCGCCAGUCAAAGUCCUCGAGGUGGUGGAUCCAGUAACGCCUGUCCCCGUUUCUAAAGUCCAGCCAGCUAUCCUGUCGCCCAAGGAGAAGGAAGCCGUAGCUCCCAAGACGUCCUCACCCCGAGAGCCCAUCAAGAACCGUCCAAACCCUCCCACGACAAAAUCGAAGCCCAACACACCCCCAAAGGACUUUCGCGCGAAUCUGAAACCCCGGCAGCUACCAGCCGAAGGAUCGAAAAGCGAUGAAUUGGAGUUCCGCGCUGCCUUUGGGAAGCUGAAGCGUGCUGAAACCAAGAACUACAAGGCGCCAGAUACGUUCAAAGACACUAUUCUACGAGGCAAGAACGAUCUCUCCGUCACAGGUGGCCCAAAGCCUCGUGUACGGCGCGACGAACUGAAGGAAAGCUUGCUGGCGCGGAAGGAAGAAAUCAAGACGAAAGUCGCUGAGACUGGCUCUGCAGUCACGAAAAAGCCCGAGCCUGUGGCGGCGCCCAUUCCUGAAGGCAUUGCGCGAAGGAAAACCCUCAGCAGAUCGGAUGCUCCCAAGGAGAGGCCGGUACAGCCUCAGCCUGAAGCUCUUGCAAGGCAGGCCAGCUUGAAGGACAAGCCGAAGCCUGUACUGCCAGGGAAGCAAGUGCCCGACGUCAAAGAGCCAGCUUUUGGUUUGAAGUCGAGCAAGCUUGCGGAUCGAUUCAAUCCUGCUCUUGCGGGCAUGCUUGCUCGUGGGCCGUCGCCUGCAACUAACUCCUCUGCGUCGAAACCAAGCGAUGCUAGAUCCGUCCACGACCAGAGAUUGACACCUGUCUCUACGGAUAAAGACGAUGCCCCUGCCAAGGAACUCACUCACAUGACCAAGGGACGGGCAAAAGGCCCCAAGCGACGAGCACCAACCUCGAAGCCUGCGGAGUCGAAGAAUGAGCCUACACCAACAACUCAGGAGAAAACACCACAAUCGCCGGCUUCCUCGAUACAUUUGGCACCCUCAGUAAAGGCAACGGAUGUUAUUACCAACAAAGGAUCUAACAUUGAGCCAGCAUCACCAGCAUCAAGCAUCAAAUCUCCCCAAAUACCUUCCAUGUCGAAGCCUUGGACUCCAGCAAAAUCCGCCGAUGAGGAGAAGAAACCGGAGAAACCAAAACCUUCUCCCAAGUCACCCGAGUUACUGAAGAGAGUCUCUACGCCAGUUUCUAUUGCGAGUCUUGAAGAAUCUUCCAAAGAGGCCAAGUCGUCACCCUCGAGCCUUCGGUCUAGUCGAGAUGUCGUCAUCGAACGGGCAGUCCCGUCUCUUGACACCUCUGGACGGACGUCACCGAGCAAAAGUGUCUUGAACCGAUUUAGUCAAAACCUCCAAGCAAACCGGACCGCAGCCGCCUCAAGAAGUCCUGUCAUCGAAGACAGCGAAAGCAGAAUUGAAGAGGUCAAAAGACAGUCACCAACAAAGGUCGCGUUCAAUCGGUUCAGUAUGGCCGAGAAGGCUAAGCAUGACGAUAGUCCUCUACAGACGCCGUCUAAGAACACAGACUUGAGAGAGCUCCCGAAGCCGAACGUACAGACGCCCGUCAAGAUAAGUGUCGAAGUCAAACGACCACUGCCUGUACCCUCCCCAAAGCCAUCAUUGACAAAGGCCCUACCUCCAACGCCGAUCCCUGCCACGCCAGAGAAGAAGGAAGCCCGGGAUGAACAAGCUGUAGAUGAUCUGUCUAACGUGUCUGUGAAGAGCGCUACCUCUCUGUGGGGCCGUCAGUCGGCCUCUGCAUCCCCUGAGGUAUCUAGAAGCAGAGAGCCUAUCAAAUUGCCCACUCGUGCUGACGAGCGCGCUGCAGAAGAAGAGGCCGGUCUUAUAAAGCCGCAGUCUCAAAGGCCGGCGGGACUUGGUCUUGGUUUCAUAACAUCUGCUGCUCAACGGCCACAUGUAUCAACUCCGCCAUUAUCCGCGACGUCAAAACCUGUUCCAUCGCAAUCAAGCCCGCGAUUCGAUAUACCGUCGUCUCAGCUCUCACCUCGACCCUCACCUCGCCCUUCCCCUAGACCCUCGCCUAUUACUAGCAAGGAAGAUCCCGAUAACAUCUUCUCAGAUCGUUUCGAUACGCCCCCUGAUACCUCCGGUAGUCUACCCUCACACAUUGACACCCAACGCAUUCUCCAAUCUUCGCCCCUCUCUACAGAAAAGAUCAAAUCGCUGCGAAAUCAGAUCUGGGAACUAAGCCCCGAGGGCAAGCUCUCACACAUCCCAAUACAAGAAGAACACGUUCUCUUUGAAGAGGAAAUGUAUCUCUCGACACACCUCUAUUCAUCCGAAAAGUCCCCCAGAGCCGCACAGGUAUUCCUCUGGGUGGGCGCCACAAUUUCAGAUACAGUCGUCGAGGACGCCCAGCAAUACGGUCGGCAACACGCCAGGGACAACGGCGUCAAAGACGUCAUUCUCGUCCGACAAGGAAAAGAGCCGCCGCAAUUCUUCGAGGCGCUCGGUGGCAUUAUCAUCACCCGUCGUGGCUCCCGCGAAUCCUCAAAGAAGCCUUUCAUGCUCUGCGGCCGCCGUCAUCUCGGCCACCUCGCAUUCGACGAAGUCGACCUCGCGCUCAAGUCCCUCUGCUCCGGCUUUCCAUUCGUCGUCGCCGCACCACAAUCCUCCGCCUUCGUGUGGAAAGGUAUUGGCAGCUCUGCCGAAGAAGUCUCGGGCGCACGGCUCAUCGCCAUGGAUCUCGCGCAAUCCGGCGAGCUCUUGGAGAUUGACGAAGGCAUGGAAACCAGCGCAUUCCUAAACUGUUUCCCGGGCCACGAGAGCCAGCGCAUGCCGCGAAGCGCCGACCACUGGCGGUACAAGGCCGGCAGCGAGCGCUACCGCGCCCGGCUGUACCGCGUCGAACAAUCGAGGACGCUCCCGAAGCAGGCCGGCGGUGGUGGAGGUGGCGGCGCCGGGGCGUUUCUCAGCACGCAGGCGACCAUCCUCCGCAGUCCAUUACCCAGCAGCCCGACGAAGCCCCUGCCGUCGCCGUCGUCAUCCUGGCGCACCGACGUCAAGGAAAUCGCCCCCUUUUGCCAGUCCGACCUCGAAAGCGACGGCGUCUACGUGCUCGACGCCUUUUUCGAGAUUUACAUCAUCCUAGCCCCCCUCUCAACCUCCCAAUCCCCCUCCUUUGCCACGGCCUUGCUCUUCGCACAGGACUACGCCAUCCUCGCCGCUUCGCUCGACGACAGGCCUUUUAUCCCUGUUAGCACUGUCGUGCUCGAGGGCGUGCCGCGCGAUAUGCGCAGUGUGUUUCGCCGCUGGGAUGAGGCGCAGGGUGUGGGUGGGAGUGCGGCUUUGAUGGCUGGUAGGGUGGGACCUGGUGGUGUUGGUGCUGGUGCUGGUGCUGGUGUUGGGCUUGGGCUUGGUGGGCCGGGGGGUAGAGGUGGUGCUACGGGCAUGGUGCAGAGAGGGCAGAGCUUGAGGGUUGUGGGGUUGGGCAAGGCGUUGAGUUUGACGGGACGGGUGCGGUGAGAUGUGGUGGGAUGGGAUGGGAUGGGAUGGGAUGUGUGUAUACAUACGUGUGUUAUUGUGUUGUUGUAAGCUAUGAGAACGAGAUAUCACGUCACCACACCACACCACACCACCCACAAGUGUAAGAAGAACAGGAAAGAAAGGGAGGAUUAUUCGUUCGGGCUGGUGCCAGUGGUCGUAAAGAUACGAAACGGGAAAAGAGAGCUCGUCGUUGUCAUCGUCAUCGUCAUCGUCGACACACGCUCGCAAUCUCAAUCUCAAUUUCAACUUCAACUUCAAUUUGAUUUUUAUUCCCCAA